AUGAGUAUGAGCCUAGAGCACAAACACCACGGCUUGCGACUGCUCGGCAGAUUGGUUACGGGCUCGGUGGCGGCGGGCUCAGCGAAGGUGACUCUCAAGGCCUUGACGCGCUCGGUCCGAGCGGCAGUGCCACGAACAGGCUUGCCGCUUACAGUGUGUCAGGCGGGAAUACCAGCGAAGCUGCGCGAGACGGGGCUGCACGUGAGACCGUGCACGGAAGUAGUGACCGUCCUACAGGACGACCUAGGGGCAAUGAUGCAGAUAGCUGUGGCUGGGAGAAGCUGCCGCGCGAUCUUGGCGAUGAUGCUGCAGGCGCUGGCGGGGGCGAUGCUGGUGUCGGGCUUGGCGCUGUAG